AAUAUUUGUAUUAGAAAAUAAAAAGGAUAUAUUAGGCAAUAUUGGAUAAUUUCUUUUUCAAAAGUUGUGAUCAAUAAUUAAUUUAUUUAUACGAGUUAAUUCAGUAAAGUGUAAUUCAUAAUUAUUAUACAGUAUAUUUUCUAUGAGUAUAAAUUUAUUUUAAAAAAUAAAGAAGAAUAAUAUUCAAGAAUCUGUAUUAUAUUUUGCAAGAAUUGCGUAUAAUGCUAAAAUAUGGCUGAUACACCAUCUAAAUCUCGUCCAAUGAAAUACCCAUAUACAACAGCUGCGCAAAUAGCACAGUUUCCAUAUCGACAUUAUAUGAAACAUAGUUGGUUAAUGAAAUACUGGAUGAUUGCUAUAGUUGUCUGUGCACCAUUAUUUAUAAAGAUUCAAAAAUUAUCCUAUGCAGAAGAAAAUGUUAAGGUAUGGAAUGAAAAGAGGAAGAAAGAAUUUGAAGGGCAUGGCCAUUAAGAAAAAACUUCAAUUAGUACAUAACAUGUUGUAACAUUAAAUGUAAAAGCAAAAAUAAAUUAAUCUAUACUCAUAUAA